UCGGUCGGGAUCGGACGUCUUUCGCGAGUGUGGUUCGGCGUGGUCGGUAGCAGUCGGUGUUGCGUUUGCGAGUCGUUAGCUGCAGCAGCAGCAGAAGCGUUUUGCCCGUUUCCACCCUACCGGGCCCACCAUCGGAGCAUCAGCCAAAACUUCUUCUGUGCGAGUGAAUCGAGUCACGGGGUGCUGUUUGCGCCAGUGCACGGGCACAGGUGUGCGAUACGCUUUUUCGCGGUACGGGGCGAGACGUUUUUCGGGCCGCACACCGGGCCCAAAAAGGUGUUCGAGCUGUGUUCGUGAUUUUUCCUUCCAAGAUCUGCGUAAGGAAGGAAAGCGUACCGAGCGUGUGGAGUGUUUCUGUGAGGGAGGAAAGCGCGAUUGGAAAGAACAUUCCCUUAAACCGCAUUCCCAGCGUGCCGCGCGGGCAGGGGUAGAGUGUGGUAUCAGAAAACGGUGAAUUUCAUUAGACAGCCGUUUUGAGGGAGUGGGGAGCGUAAUUUGAGUUGAGUUCGGGUAGUGCUGUGCCAGGGUUGGAUAAAGAGCGCGGCAUGGAUUUCUUGUGCAAGUGGGCAGCAGUCGAGCAGCCGUGAAGUCAGCCCACGGUGGGACGGACGAGUUUGUUGAAUGAGUGAGCUGAGGUGAAUGAAUAAUUUGGCCAACACAGUCCCGAACAGAGCGAUGAAGCAGUUCUCGGAACAUCGUCCUGCUGGUGGCCAUCGGUGCGGGCAGAGCGUCUAAAGAUGCUGCGUGUAGCGCAGCAAGCUCUGUUGAUAUAGUACGCAAGGGCACUAAAAAUAGUCGCUGUCCAAUAUCGAUCGCUUCGCGUAGAGAACAAAAAAAGGCAUCGUCCAUUGAUUGAGGCUUUGCUGUCAUUGAAAAGGUGUAGCGUCUCUCGAACGAAAGGGGGCAGUGAGUGAGCCGGCCAGUUCGCUCGAAUAGAAAGGCUCUUGGAAACAUAUGGUAAACACAGUGCGGCACGGGCAGGUGCAACUGCCAGAAGCAGCUGUCAGUUUGGAAAACUCGUCAGAAUCUCGACGCAAACCAGUACGGUCGUACGUUACGGUUGUGAGCGAUUGGGAGGAUUUAACUAUUUUGCCAGCUUAAAAUGCCCACUUCGGCGUACAUACGGAACGUGCAUUAGUGACAGUAGCCGUGAAAUCCGGAUAUCCUGCUUACAGGUUCCCAUUGUCGGUAUUAGCGGCACCGACUGCCGCGCGCAUUACGCCGCUGAGCAGUGCGUUAGUGUGGAAUUAAAUGUUCAAACAACCGUAUCGAAACCAUAUUGAAAGUUGUCGAAACAGUGCUGAGUGCUGAGAGUGUGCGAAGGCCGCGCAUUCGUAGUGUGUUGCAACGUGCAUAAAGUCGGCUGUAUACGCGGUCGACACUGGAAGCAAAAGUGGCGCAUAUCGAAAGGAAUAGUGGUUUGUGUGUGUUUGUUUCUGUGCUGUGGGGGUGUGUUUUGGGGGUGGUUGGGGAGAAAAGAAAAGCAGCCGUUUGGCAGCCGGUUUUGAGAAAUCCGAGAAACAUUACCACAAUGUUACCAACAUCAUCAUACCCAUGCUUAGCAGCGCUCCGGUCAGCGGCAAGCUUACCGUGCACACCGGCCAGACCGAAAGCGGCGCUGGCCAUGGUACUGCUGAUGCUGGCGCUGGUACUGCCCCUUCCCGGGGCCGUGCUAGGAGAUUAUGAAAAUACAUGGAACUCGUACUACGAGCAGCCGUGCUGCGGUGGCACCACCAAUGGGCCGUUCCAUCUGCGCCACCAUGGAGAUCACGUACGGGAGUUCCAGUGCGGCAAAUUCUACUACCGAACGUUCUACAUGGACGAGGACCGGGACACGCUGUACGUCGGUGCCAUGAAUCGGGUGUAUCGACUUAAUUUGAAAAAUAUCAGCAUGACAUCAUGCGAGAAAGAUUCCAUGCUGCUUGAUCCCACUGGAGCGGACAUCCGGAACUGUGUGUCCCGUGGCAAGAGUGAGAUGUUUGACUGUAAAAAUCACAUUCGAGUGAUUCAGCCGAUGGACAAUGGAACACGACUUUACAUCUGCGGCACAAACGCUCACAGCCCGAAGGAUGUUGUGAUAUUCCGUAAUUUAACCCACUUGCCCCGUUCGGAGUAUGUGCCCGGGGUCGGGCUCGGCGUCGCCAAGUGUCCCUACGAUCCCAUCGACAACUCGACCGCCAUCUACGUGCACGAAGGCAAUCCCGGCGGCCUGCCUGCCCUGUACUCCGGUACGAAUGCCGAGUUCACCAAGGCGGAUACGGUCAUAUUCCGGGCGGAUCUGUACGAGAUGUCCUCCGGGAAGAAGAUGUACAACUUCAAGCGUACGCUCAAGUACGACUCCAAGUGGUUGGAUAAGCCCAACUUUGUCGGUUCGUUCGACAUCGGCGAGUACGUGUACUUUUUCUUCCGCGAAAUAGCGGUCGAGUACAUCAACUGCGGCAAGGCGGUAUACUCGCGGGUGGCGCGCGUCUGCAAGAAGGACACCGGCGGCAAGAACAUUCUCAACCAGAACUGGGCCACCUACCUAAAGGCACGGCUGAACUGCAGCAUCUCGGGCGAGUUCCCGUUCUACUUCAACGAGAUCCAGGACGUGUACCAGAUGCCGACGGACAAGACCAAGUUCUAUGCCACCUUCACGACCAGCACGAACGGGUUGGUCGGAUCGGCGGUGUGCAGCUUUAGCUUGGGCGAAAUCCAUUCCGCUUUCGCUGGUAAAUUCAAGGAGCAAGCGACAUCCAACUCGGCCUGGUUGCCGGUGAUGAGCUCCAAGAUUCCCGAACCAAGGCCCGGUACGUGUGUGGACGAUACGACCACACUGCCCGAUGCGGUGCUGAACUUUAUCCGCUCCCAUCCACUGAUGGACCGGGCGGUCACCCAUGAUUAUGGCAAUCCGGUGUUCUACAAGCGAGACCUUAUCCUUACCAAGCUUGUUGUUGACAAAAUUACUAUCGACAUCCUGAACCAGGAGUAUCUGGUGUACUAUUUGGCCACGAACGAGGGACGCAUCUACAAGGUGGUACAGUACUUCCACGACGGUCAGUCACGCGCGAAGCUGUUGGACAUCUUCGAUGUGGCACCGAACGAACCGAUCCAGGUGAUGCGGCUUAGCCAGCGCUACAAAUCGCUUUACAUCGGUACCGAUUCGCGCAUCAAGCAGAUCGAUCUGGUGAUGUGCAAUCGGCGGUACGACAGCUGCUACCGGUGCGUGCAGGAUCCGUACUGCGGCUGGGACCGGGACAGUGGUAGCUGCCGGCCGUAUCAGCUGGGAUUCCUACAGGAUGUUGGCAACCGGACGUCGGACAUUUGUGACACGAACGUGAUGCGGAAGAAAAUUAUCGUCACCUUCGGCCAGAGCGUCCAUCUCGGGUGCUUUGCACGGGUGCCGGAAAUCCUGAAGUACCAGCCGGUCACCUGGUACCACCAUUCGAAGGAGCGCGGCCGGUACGAGGUCCGGUACAGCGUCACCAAGCACAUCGAAACGUCCGAGGGCGGGCUGGUGGUGAUUGCGAUCAACGAAGCGGACAGCGGACGGUACGAUUGCUAUCUCGGUGGGUCGCUACUGUGCAGCUUCAGCUUGGUUGUGGAUGCGCAUCGGUGUACGGCACCGAGCAAGGGUAACGAUUAUCAGAAAAUCUACUCCGACUGGUGCCACGAGUUCGAGCGGUACAAGUCCGCCUUGAAGCGAUGGGAAGCGAAGCAAUCGCAAUGCUCAACUAACCCGAAAGACAACGAACUGGACGUGUACCAAGGCAAUGGAAACGUCUGAUGAUAAGGCCCCUCUCAACACAAAGGAGCCGUUACAUUUUAACAAGCGAAACAACAACAACAACAACAACAACAAUGUCUGUGAUAAGCGAAGGAAAUCCUAUGACAAUGCACAAACAAAAUAACCUAUUGAAAGAGAAGCUAACAAACGGAAAUGAGAGAGCAGAACAAAACCCAUACACUAACAAACAACGUAAACAAAAUACACAAUAGUAAUCGAAUGUAGUAGCAAGGUUAGUAAACGAUGAAGCAGAAGAAAAAAACAACAAGCAAACUUCAAUCCAGUCCCCAAUUCCAGUUGUGAGUAGAAUCCUUUUCGUCGUCGUAAGCUAGGAACAAUUUGUUAGCAGACAGUUUAGGAGAAAGAAACAAAGAGCAGUGGAAUAAAACUGAUUGCAAAAUGCAAACAAUCCCAACACCCCCGUGCGAGCUCGUGAUCUAAACCCGUUGUAGAUGGCGUGUUGGACACUAGAUCACACUUCAACGUAGACGAAUGAAGCAGCUUCACUAGCAACAAGCUGCCUCGUUUCAAUCAGUGGUUUUAAUGGCCACUCCUAGAUCUACCGGGUUUUGUCUGUACAGCUGUACAUCGAACCUGCACUGUGUAGAAGAUGUAGAAGAAAAGAAACGGAGCUAAAUUAAGGGAAACAGUAGCGUAUUGAUGUAAACUAGGAACGAAACAGACACACACACACACACACACACACAACUGAACCGCGAUCGCAAUCGAAACUGAUGAAACAAAAAAACUUCUAGGAACAAAGCAUAGAACAAAUUGUCGGUACGCAGUGGUCAUGUGGUAAAGGACUUUCACAAUUCAUUUUAAACUCAUUUGUAAAAUAAACACAAGCAAUGGCUUCAUCGACGUCACUCGGGUCGAUACCGGUGCCCCGCCGAGCACGCAGGCAUCGGAGCCGCUCAUAUGCAUGCUUUGCCGGGAGCCGCUGCUACGUUCUUACAGGGCACCUCAGCUACAGCUAGUGCUGAGACAAACUCGAAACAAAUGGAAAGCAAUCAUCAAAUCUCAAACGUACACGUGCUGUAAUGCAGCAAGCUUAAGAGACUGAUUUCGGUCGGUUAAUCGAUAUUUUUAACACAGCGAAACACACACACUCUGUAACUCUCAUCCACUCAUAGCUCAUACCUACAAGCUCCUCCAAAAUAAUACUAGAAUGAGAUGAGGAAACAUGAGGCACGAGAAAAACAAAAACAAACGAAGCUGAAACGAAACACGUACGACGAUCGAACGAAACAAAAAAUUUCGCAAAAUCUGUGAUAACUUUAGCGUUUAAGUGGCUCAAAUGGAAUAGAUUUCGGCCCCCUAGGAAGGUAGUGGAGGAACAUUUCCAUAGUAGACGUUUCGGCUAGAGCGAUCAAGGGAGGGCUGCCAGCCUAGGAAUGAUCUGAUCUUUAGGGGCUGUCCCAAAUUUUGAUUUUCUGGACAGAAGUUUGUGCUGUUUUGUUUCAUUCGAAUAUUUUUCUGUUUGUUUUGGUAUAGAUAAGACACAAUUGAAGAGAGAGAGCAGAUGUGUAGGCAAAGCAACAAAAAGCAUAACAAAACCAACACGUGUGUAACUAAUGUAAUUACUAAUGAAGAAUAAAAUGAUAGAGAUUGAUCGAACUAAAGCGUUGAGACGUAUGGGAUUGCCCGUGGUGUGUUGUUGUUUGUCGGGUUUUCCACU